GGUAUGACGCUUGAAGUGUCAAAAUGUCCAUUUUCUAUAAACAUGCAACAGUCUAUUGAUAUAGUAACUGGAAUUCACUAAACUGAAGAAAAAAAUACUCUAAAGAGGCAAAAAUAUGGAUCUUACAGAACAAAAAGGAGGAAUAUGAUAGAAAACAAUGGUUCAAAGAAUUUACACUGAUAUACGAGAAAUUUACCUUAAAAUGUGACAUAUUUUGACUAAAACAUUUUGUAAUUUAUACAUAUCUGAUUAUGGACAGUAUCUUGUAUCUAUUUUGCAAUGUAGAAUUACUUCCCCUGUACGUAGGACUGUGCUGCUGCUCCGGAAGUGGGAGUGAAGUUCAUAAAACCUCCACGAAACAGGAAGCGUCCCUCAGUCGACAGUUUGUCAGUUGCGAUGAAACUUUUGACUUUGCUUUUAUCAACCCUUCAAGUGGUAUUGGUUAAAUCACUUGGGGAAGUCUCUGGCUACCUUGGGGAUACCAUCAUCCUGCAAUCUGGUGUCGACCCAACAUGGACUCUCUCCAAAAUCGAGUGGUCAAUCUGGUCCAACCACACUUGGAUUGCUACAUACCACAAAGGCAGGACAAACACUGAACGUGUCCAUCAGUUUGGACAGAGACUCAGUCUAAACAUCUCUUCAGGUGACCUGACGACAAAUCUGACUAAAGAUGAUGCUAUGGAAUACACUGUGGACCUCCUCAACACUGAUGAUGAGGAGAAAGUAAACAAGAUUAAUUUGAUUGUGAGAGAACUCCUCCAGAAACCAACGAUACAGGCGGCCAGAAGUCUAUCCGUAAAUGGAGAAUGUUUAAUGGUGCUGAAAUGUUCUUCACCUGACAGUGGUGUCAGCUAUUCCUGGGAUGUGAUACCAAGCAGCGUUUACACCCUUGACAGGAGCUCUGCUCGUCUUUCAGCAAUUUUGAACACCACACAGAACUCUGUCAACUUCACCUGCACCACCACCACCAACAACAUAGAUCACGCCUCGAGUGUUGUCACCUUAAAGUGUGAUGAUGACGAGAUUCAACCUCCAACACAAGAACCGCUAAAAUAUCAGUGCAGGGUGAAAUUUGCUUUUCCUUUUUUAAUUGGCUUCCUGGUUGGUGCAUCCAUAGUGACUAUGAUUUACUGUUUUGGAGAUAAAAUUAAAGCCGCAUUUCAGUUCCUGAAAGGGUAGCAAGGACGACUGGCAGCUCAAAAUGACUAAGUUUCUCUCUCAAUCCUUUCUUGACCUACAUGAAAGUUUCAAGCAACCAGAAUGACUACGACGCAAAACACCACCCAUGACCGGACACGAUAGUGGCACCAGAAAUGUGGCUUGCAUGACAUGCUGGGUAUUUAUUUGUGUAGGUGAAAAGUAGCAACAAAAGUAUGCAGAAAUGAAUGUAUUUUGUGGGGAUCUGUUGGGAUGUUCAGUAUCUAUCUGUAUCUGAAACAAAACUGUUGUUAUUUUUCUGUACUUAUGUGGUUUUUUUUUUAUUGUAAUUGUCACAAGUGAACUUUAUUCCCCUUCCAACUACAAAACAGAAUGUAGUAAAACAAACCCAAAAAGCCCAGCCACCACGGAAAGUUUCCACAACAUUCCCUAAAAGUUCCACUUCUGUUUUCAAGAGAAGUUUAAUGCUGAAAAUGACUUCAUUCAUUUUUCCUGUAAGGUUAAAUGUUAACUGAUAUGAUAACAAAAGAACAUCCUUGUAACAUCCUAAGAAACAUUUCUGCAACGUCAUGUGUCAACACAAUUUCAUUUCCUGAACAUUCUGAAGUUGUUUUGUGAAUAUUGAUGAGGUAAUAGAAAGGCUUCAUAUAAAAGCUUUGCGCUGUGUUAUAUGAUAACGAUCCAAGAAAAUGCUGAACAUAAACAUUCAAUAAACGCUGUCAUUGCAGCCUGAUAGGACAAAAUGUAGCAUAGCAUUCUUGGAACAAGAAAACUAAACAAAAAAACCUUCCCGCUAAAAUUAUUUUAGCGGGAAGGUUUUUUGUUUAGUUUUUUAAUGUUCUUAGAAUCACUGAACAUUUUUAGAUUUUUUUCAAUGUUAUCUAACCUUUAAAAAGAACAUAAAGGGAACAAAAAACACAAACUUCCUGCUGAAAACAUUCCUACAGCAGUUUACAGUAAUAUUCUAAGAAUAUUUUUAGAACAAAAAAUUCCAGCUGAGAUGAGUGUGGUGAUAGCUCUGUAUAGCCCUAUUAUUGUCUCAGGCUCUUUAGUUAUUGAACUGGUUUGUAAUGUUUGUUUUCUAGAGAGCAGGAUGCACAUCGGCUGCAACACACUUUAGCCUCCAAUUCUAUUCCUACCAGGUUCUGCUCAGAGGUGAUUGGUCGAUUUUAAGCAGAAUAGGAUUCGAAUGACGUCUUAUGGGAACAUUACAGAUCCUGAAGAACAAAACCUGGUAAUAGCCUCUGACAUUAGAAAAAUUAUCUAUGAUUGAAGUCUGGAAACAUGACGCAGCAGAUUCUAAAGCACUUUAUUAGGAGAUUAUCUGAUUAUACCAUGUUGAGUAGAGAGCAGAGGGGAGAUUUUCUGUGUUUUUGAGGAAAAGUCUUUAAUCAUCCUUUAUGGAAAUAUUACCUACAUGUGUAGUGAUCCCUGCCUUCGCCCGAGUCAGCUGGGAUAGGCUCCAGCACCCCCCGUGACCCUAGUGAGGAUAAAGCGGUGUAUAGAGAAUGGAUGGAUGGAUGUGUACUGAUGCCUGGGACAGAAGCUCCUCUGGCAGAGGUUGGCUGCUUGUCAAGCUGUCUCUGUUUUUUUACUUGUGCAUUUUUAUUUUAAUCUUAAGGUCACCAAAAUAAGCAUGUACUCCCUUAUUCUGUGCUGUGAAUGCUGAAAAUAAACCAUAUACUGUGUGCGGAUUG